AUGGCACGAAGCAAGAUAAACCCAGCAUAUUUUUGGAAAGAGAGAUGCCAAGAGCUGGAGGCACGUAUAGUUGAACAAGACCAAGAAAUCAGAGAGAAGACACAACAACUGGAGGAUGCGGACAACCAUGCCAGAUUUGUCGAAACAGAACGAAAGGCUCUGAAGCAAGAAUUGGAGGAUUUCAGGUUGGAGAUGGAAACGGAGCAGAAAAAAAUGAAGAUAUUAGCUCGGAUUGGCACUGAUGUGCGCAUUCGAUAUCUUGAGCAAGCUAAAUCACAAGUUAUGGGUCUCAAUCCAGCAAACUUCAACGCCAAAUUUAUACAGAGAGGAAAUGAUGCGGCACAUCGGGCGUACGGUGCUGCAGAUGCUGCUCUACUCACGGGAAACUUUCUCGAAGAUGAGGAAAAGGCGCACCUCACAGGGGUUUUUCCUCUUAUUUACGAUGGUUUAUCUCCUCAGAAAUAUGGCGGCAUGCCCGCAAAAAUGCUUCAGGCUAUCGAUUACCAGGGUAGUGUCGUUUCAGUUUAUGCUCAAAAUAAUGGGUCAAUGAUCAAGGACAAACAAGCUGCCGCCGACAGUAUGAAUUUCAUUAAGGACAAGCAUUUACAGCUGGGAGAUGGUGUAUUCGAGGAAGAUGAGGGUGUCACACACCAUUUAAAGAGACUUAGAGAGUUCGCAGAUCUAAUUAUCACCAAAGCUCGACGAUAUGAUGCCAGUCUUGCAACAUCUUCCACAACUUAUGGACCUCCUCAGACAUUGACACCCCUUGAAAAGCCCGCAAUUGCUCCCAAAUUUUAUCAAGGUAGACGGCCUCCAAGAAGAAAUAAGUGA